UCCAGGGAGUGGAGAAUAGGAGUGAGCAGGGAAGAAAUUAACUGCAACGAUGGCUCUGAAGGCCACCAGCUUCACCUCAACCCUCCACCCAUCUCUCUGCUCAGUCUCUUCUCUCUUCCUCUUCACUCUCAUCUCCAUUCUUUCAGUCUCUCUGUUUUUCCUCUUCACCACUGCUAACCAGUCCAAAUCCAUUUCAUCUCAAUCUCUCAUCUCCCAGACAACCCCCCAAGCCUCCAUCAAAGUCUACGUUGCAGACCUCCCCAGAUCCCUCAACUACGGCCUCCUCGACACCUACUGGUCUCUGCAAUCCGAUUCAAGGCUUGGGAGCGAAGCGGAUAGAGAAAUUAGAAGGACCCAAAUGGGGAAACCUCUCAAAUUCCCGCCGUAUCCCGAGAAUCCACUGAUCAAACAGUACAGUGCAGAGUACUGGAUAAUGGGGGAUCUGAUGACCCCUGAAAAGUUGAGAUAUGGGUCUUUUGCGAAGCGGGUUUUUGAUGUGAAUGAAGCUGAUGUUGUCUUUGUGCCUUUUUUUGCUACGAUUAGUGCUGAGAUACAGUUGGGUGUGGGCAAAGGGGUGUUUAGGAAAAAGGAGGGGAAUGAGGAUUAUGAGAGGCAGAGGCAGGUGAUGGAGUUUGUCAGGGGGACCGAGGCUUGGAAGCGAUCUGGUGGGCGAGAUCAUGUGUUUGUUCUUACUGACCCUGUUGCAAUGUGGCAUGUCAAGGCUGAGAUUGCUCCAGCUAUCCUUCUAGUGGUUGAUUUUGGAGGAUGGUACAAGCUCGACUCAAAAGCAUCCAAUAACAGCUUGUCAGAAAUGAUACAACACACACAAGUUUCGUUGCUUAAAGAUGUAAUUGUGCCAUACACCCAUCUACUUCCUAGGCUGCAUUUAUCAGAAAACCAGAUACGUCAGACUCUUCUUUACUUUAAAGGGGCUAAACAUAGGCACCGGGGAGGCCUGGUACGUGAAAAAUUAUGGGACUUGUUGGUAAAUGAGCAAGGUGUUAUUAUGGAAGAAGGCUUUCCUAAUGCCACUGGUAGGGAGCAAUCAAUAAAAGGGAUGAGAACAUCAGAGUUCUGCUUGCACCCUGCUGGGGACACCCCUACUUCCUGCCGACUUUUUGAUGCGAUCCAAAGCCUCUGUAUACCUGUCAUUGUCAGUGAUAACAUCGAACUCCCAUUUGAAGGGAUGGUGGAUUAUUCAGAAUUUUCAGUGUUUGUGGCAGUUAGAGACUCUUUGCUGCCAAACUGGCUUGUGAGUCAUCUUAGAAGCUUUUCUAAAGGGCAGAGGGACAGAUUUCGUCAAAAUAUGGCACGGGUUCAGCCCAUUUUCCAGUAUGAUAAUGGGCACCCAGCUGGUAUUGGACCUAUCCCUCCUGAUGGUGCAGUGAAUCACAUAUGGAAGAAGGUUCACCAGAAGCUGCCCAUGAUUAAGGAAGCUAUUAUUCGAGAGAAGAGAAAACCACCAGGUGCAUCAGUUCCACUUCGAUGCCUUUGUACUUGAAUCAUGUCUUCAUUUUUUUCUAGUAUGGUAGCUGAUAAGUGGUUCAUUUAUCUGGUUAUUUAUCAGAACAUGACAUAUUGUUUUUUGUUUCAGCAUAAUGUAGUAAUAAUAUGGUAUAUUUUCUCCUU